UAGACCCGAUUCAUAAAGCUAUACAACCAAAACUUGGAAUUAAGCGGCUUCGCCGUCCAGAAGAUAUAAAUAAAAGUAACGAUGUUAUGCAAUUUAUGCAAGAAAAGAUUAAUAGUGACACGAAAAGAUUGCUGUAUCAAAUGGUUUUUAUAAACAUGGCUAGGAAUCGAUUAU